GGGAUCCCUGCUGUUCCAGGCUCCAGCUUCCGCCCUUGUCUUGGCAGAGUAGCGAGCUUGCAAACGCACCUUCAGGAGCGCGCUUUAGUAGGACUUUACUUUCUGACUCGUGGAAGAGAAGAUUUGGAGCUUACCGUAGAUGAUGUGGAGAUAAUCAAAAAGAGCAAGUCCGCCAUCCUAGAGGGUUGGUUGGGAUGAACGGUUGUCAUCAGGGCUGUUGCACUUCGGGGGGCCACAACGGGGUUGCUAGCACACUCAUGAGCAACUGAGUACCUACCUCUUUCGCUGGGUGGCAUGGUGGCACAGUGCAUUGUGUGUGGGAAGGAGGGAGCCGGUUACAAGUGUCCUGUCUGUCGACGUCCGUACUGUUCGGUGGUGUGCUACAAGGUGCACAAGGAGGUGCCGUGCAGUAAGCCGGAUGACGUCGCCAGGGAGGAAGCGGCCCUGAGGCAGCCCCCCCGGCAGUUUGAGAAUGAUACCGAUGAGUCCGGAACGCGGCUGAACAAGGACCAGUUGGAAGCGUUAGCCACUUCCGAUGAGAUCCGGCGGAUGCUGAGAGACGAGGCCCUCCAGAAACUCAUUUUGAAGAUAGACAGCGCCGAGGAGGCAGAGAAGGAGCUAGACCUGGCUAUGCAGGACCCCGCUGUCCAAGAAUUCGCUCAAAAGGUUCUGGGCAUACUAACACCAGAGGAGCCAGCUCCUCAAUGAUAUUUGAUAAGAAAGAAGCAACGCAUGGGCCCUAGGGGAGCUCGCCGGGCCACUUGCUUGUCAGAUGACUGUGGUCGAAGCCUAUGACGGGUUUACCAGGUAGCAAAAUUGUGCAGAUUUGAGGUACUUCCCUGCACGUUCGACGGAUCAAGGCAAAGUUCUUUGUUUUCUUAGGACUUGCUCAGGGCUUCAAAAGGCAUAGAGCCUGUGGGCUUGCAGAAGAGCAACAUCUCUUUUAAUCCUAUACGAGACGAUUUUGCAGCUUCUGACGUUGACAGAGAAUCGGAAGCGCAGCGAAUAGCCACUGUUAAUGGCCCAACCAUAAGUUCGUGGAGCAUAUACCAGAGGGUUUUCUCGAU